GUGAAUAUUAUGCAUCUGUGAAUUUAGAUGAUUUCGACAUUCCAACAAAAUAUCAAGAACUCGAGUUUAUCAUUAAAAUAUCACGGUCUAUGCUCCAAAUAAAAAAAUUAUUGUCGGUUACUAUUUCCCGGUUCAAACAAAUGAAGAAUAAGGCCGAAAAAGAGAAAUUUGCACAUGGGAAGGUGGCAAUUCCUGCUAGACAGCAGGAGUACAGAUCCUUCCAAAAACCAAGCGUUCCAAAAAUGAAGAAAGAAUGUCAAGUUCAACUUUUAAUUCAAGAAACAAAUACUGUUCUAAAUGAAGAUAAUUUGACUACUCAUUCGCAAAAUCAGCAGGGAAGGCCGUUCUUGUGGAAAUUUUACAAGACUGAAAUAGAAGAAAUCGAUGUAUGGAAUUUCAUUCUUAUACCCAUAUCAACUAUUGGGAAGUUUUUUGAAGUACGUUCUAGAAUACAAUUGUUGAAAUAUGAUAAUGAUCAUAAAAUUAAAGGAAAUCUUUUUCCUAGAAUUCAUCCUAAUAAAAUAAAUGGAGUUGAAAAGAUUUACCAAAUUAGAAAUACACCUUCUUUUUCAGAAUUGAUAAUAUUUAAUUAA